UAGUGUGUAACGCCAUUGGUCCCAUCUUGGCUACAUUGUAAUCAGAGCGGAGAGGGAAGAGGACCCGUCCAUAUUAUAGCUGCUGUUUCAGCGGUUUCCAUGGUGAUGGACCCUCCGGGCGGGCGAGAUGAGCGUCGCUCGUCUCAGGCAGAGCGGCUACGGCGGGAGGAGGCCUACUAUCACUUCAUCAACGAGCUGAGUGAGGAGGAGUACCGACUCAUGAGGGACAGCAACCUCCUGGGGACCCCUGGUGAGGUCACGGCAGAGGAGCUGAGGCAGCGACUGGACGGAGCAAAAGAGAGGGUGUCGUCUCAGCCUCGACCAGAACCACGCCCACAGGGCAACGAAGGUGGAGAGGAACAAGGAAGCAGUGGAGCUCCGGAAGCGGGCUCAGAGACGUCCAACGGUGACUCCCUGCUGGAGUGGCUGAACACAUUCCGACGCACAGGCAACGCCACACGCAGCGGCCAGAGUGGCAAUCAGACAUGGCGUGCGGUCAGCCGCACCAACCCCAACAGCGGCGAGUUCCGCUUCAGCCUGGAGAUCAACAUCAACCACGAGCAGCCCGACGCGGCGGAGCAUGGUGACGAGCUCCCGGUACCCCAACCACCUCCGCCGCCACCGCCUCCUCCACCCCCACCUCCCUCUCAGCCGCUGGCUCCUUCCUCCAUCCGCACGGCCGUCUACAGCACCCCGAGACCCACACCCUACACCACCCAGCGGCCCUCCGCGCCCUUCUCCCACGCCCACACCCCGUCUCACAGGCCCACGCUCGGGCGGAGGUCCCAGGCCAGGCGCACGCGCAACAGCACCACGUCCCCACUUCCCCCUCCCCCACCUUUACCUGUCCCCCUCACGCCCCUGAGACGUAGCGUGGCCCCCCAGCCCGCGAGCCCCCAGCCUGCGCCCGUAGUCGCUGCCGCAGGUCUGACCUCGCAGCCGGGCCCCGAAGGUGGCAGUGAGGGGCCAGCCCAGCCGCAGCCCCCCUCGUCAGGCCCCACCGCUGGGGAAGCUCAGCAGCAGCAGCAGGAGGCCCCAGAGGAGGCGCCUGAGGACCCCUCCUGUGGUGCACCGGCCCAGGAACCCCACCAGGGGGCGCCGGCUGGGCGCGAGGCACGCAGCAGCAGGACUCGAUUGCGUGGGCGCGUGCGCAGGGCGCUGGCCGGGGGGGGGAGUGGGGCCGGUGGCGGCGGCGGCGGCGGUGGACUUACGUCCCGCUCAUCACGCCGAAGCCGCUCCCCCUUGCACAGAAGUCCCGCGUCCACCCCGGCUGCCGCUCCCGCUGGCGUCGCCUCCACCGGCACUAGUACCAGCGCGGCCUCGACCGCCGACCCGGCUGAGCUCGGGGGGAGCACAACGGCCACCGUGGCCAUGGAAACGGGCGAAGCGGCUUCCGCCGAACCAGCGGAGGCGCCCCUGGCGGAGGGUUCGGCGGCUGAGACUAACGAGGAAGAGGCCGAGUCCCACGGAGGAACGGGCCCAGGUGGAGCGCCAGGUGCCGGGGGAGGCGGGGGCAAUGGAGGGGGCGUACGACGCCACCCCACCAUCAUGCUGGACCUGCAGGUGCGCCGGAUCCGGCCCGGCGAGAACCGCGACCGGGACAGCAUUGCCAGCCGCACGCGCUCCCGGGCCCGCGCCGCCGAGAACACCGUCACCUUCGAGAGCGACAGCGGCGGCUUCCGGCGCACCAUCUCACGCUCGGAGCGCGCCGGCAUCCGCACCUACGUCAGCACCAUACGCAUCCCCCUGCGGCGCAUCAGCGAGACGGGCCUGGGCGAGCCCAGCUCCACCGCGCUCCGCUCCAUCCUGCGCCAGAUCAUGACCGGCUUCGGCGAGCUCAGCUCCCUCAUGGAGACCGAGGCCGACUCCGAGAACCGGAGCGGGGCGGCGGCCGUGGCCGCGGGGGGACAGGACGGAGGAGGAGGCGGCGGCGUCACCAUCGGAAACGAGGGCUUGGGCGCCGGGAGUCACAGCAACGGGGGCUCUGGCUCGGGAACGUCCGAGGCCGACCGGGGUGGGCAGGGUGCUGGGGAGGGCGAGGUUGUGUCCGGAGGAGGAGUGGGAGGCGGCGGCCAGGGUCAGGGUAGAAUUGGUGGUGGCACUGGGGUGGCAUCUGUGGGCACAGGUGGUGGUGCUGGUGGCGGUGGCAUUGGGGUCGGGGUUGGGGUCGGGGUCGAUGGCCGGCCAGCCAGCAGGGACACCAACAACCUAGUGGAGAACGGCACGCUGCCAAUCCUCCGGCUGGCGCACUUCUUCCUGCUCAACGACGAGGAGGACGAGGAGCACCCGCGUGGGCUCACCAAAGAGCAGAUCGACAACCUGGGCACGCGCACCUACGGCCAGGCGAGUCUGGAGGCCGAAGCCGGCCGCGCCUGCAGUGUCUGCAUCAAUGAGUACGCCCAGGGCAACAAGCUGCGCCGUCUGCCCUGUGCCCACGAGUUCCACAUCCACUGCAUUGACCGCUGGCUCUCCGAGAACAAUACCUGCCCCAUCUGCCGGCAGCCCAUUCUGUCCAGCCAUCACGACUGACCCCACCCCCCUAAUCCCAGUUCUCUAGCAAUUUUCCCCCACUCACCCCAACUUACCCCACAAUGACAUUUCACACCUCCAGCCACAGGGUGGAGCUGUGUUUCUGUAAAUAUGCGCUUCAAUGUUUUCAUUCAUGGAGAUCCAUUGUGUUCAAGCUGAAGGUAGAUGGAAAAAAAGAGAUACCAAAAGUGGAAUCUAUAAUGCAGAGAAAUUAACAAAGCUUUAUUUUUUUAGACCUCUUGUGUUUCAGCGACUUUUUUUUUUUUUUUUUUUUUUUUUUUUUUUUUUUUUUUUUCUUUGCACCCUGUCUCUUCUGUGACCUCCCUGUGUUGCUACUGAGGUCCCUGUAUUACACGCAGCAUGACUAACGGCUGCAGAGUUACUCUUAGCAGGACACCUAACCCAGUCAUUUUUAAUUUCCCCUGUUAGGUUUACGCUAUGCUGUCAUACACACAGACUCCAGGAGCAUUCAGACAGACUGAUGGACAGACAGACGGACCUCUGGUAUUUAACCCAGCUGUGUAAAUAUAUGGACAACUCAUUGCUGGGUUAAAAUGAUUUCGGGAGACAUUGAGAUUUUGGGUCUCAAAAAAUUGAAGAAAUGAAAAAUGCCCGUUUGCAUUCUUAAAAGAAUCCCAUACGUUUUAAGCGCUUACAGUGGAAUCCUCCAUUUUGUAUUUUUAAAAGCUCUUAUUAGAGACCUCCAUUUAAAUUAUCGGACUCCCUUGAAAAGGUAUAUUAAUGCGUAUUCAAUCAAACAGGAUUUUAAAUAGUUUUAAUCAGGAUGGCAUUGAGGUGUGUGUGUUUUUUAAAAAAAAAAUCUCAUCACAUUUUGUUUUUUAUUUUACCUUACAUCUUUACGUUUCAUCUGUCUAUGAUUUUGUUCACAACUUGCUGCUUCUCCGGCUUUCUUUGAUAUGAAAAAGGUCAUAUGGUUAUCAUUUACAUUAUUUUAAUCAGCCUAUCUUACACUACAGCCUGUGGGCAGCACAAAAUGCCAGGUGUAAGGGUGUCUUGAUAUUUAGGCAUUCACUUCAUACUUUGUUCAAUCAUUAUUUUGAUUAUAAUUGAAAAUGUUGUGUCCUAUUUACAGUUUGUACAUGUUAGUCCUUGUUCCAACUAAUAGGAAAUGUUGGAACAUGGGGAAAAUGUGCAUUUGAGUCUCCAAGUGAUUAGUCAUCUAACAUUUCUGGACAAAAAAAAAGGAAAGCAGUUGCACUUAACCUCAGCAAAUGGACUGUGUGUCAAUAGUUUUGCAUGAUAGUUUUCUACCCACCCAGUUUAUUUUGCUGUAACAUUUUAAAAGUUGUAAAUUAUCAAAGACAAAACCCAACACAAUUAUUGUGACUUGCUGAGUGAAAGAUAAUCAGGAAGUCUCCAACCCAUUUUCCCCAUCAUGCACUUGGGCCAGAAGAAGGUCCAGUGGAGGAAUAGUAUUGAAUUCGAGCAGAUGGGUGGAAUUGAUCCCCCACUUUGAGACCAUUAUUUCCAAAUGAAAUAGGACUGAAAAGUAUUAUAUUUUUAAAAUUCACCACAGACACACAUUCACACCCUGCUUCUCCUUUGAAGAGCGUCUUUUUGCACCUGAAUGACAAUGGUCACUUUUUCUCCACUGCCUGGUGUCUCUGCCCAUUGCUUCCAUGCAGGUGCUCAUGCUUCUCUGGAUGUUUUGCUUCAGGUCAUGAAACUGAAAGCCACCUUUAUUCUAGCUGCACCUACUUUUUGCAGUGUUGCACUACCACCACCAGGGGCAGUAAAACAUCAGCCAAAUGUGAAAAAAAAAUGAAGAUCAACAUGUUUUCGUUUCGUUUUGUCAUUGCUUUAGGUUCUUUUGUUUCUCUGUGUUUGUUGAUCCAACAACAGAAAAAGAAGAAUGCUGUUUUGUGACAUAUUGCUUCUUCCUAUGCCCCUUCUCUCUGAAGUGUGAGUGAGUGUGAGUGUGUAAAAAGGAGGAAGAGUUGGUUGGCUGUUGUGUUGUGUUUUGAGUGCAAGCGAAGAUUACGUUGAUUGAGUGUGUCUUAAGGUGUCAUUAAUCUGAAUGUUAAGAAGAGGCAGAGCAAGGGGUCUUUGGCCAUAAAGUUCAGAACUGAAUAUUUAGUUCUUAUUUAAGAUUAAAACAACAACAUGGAGAUAUGACUAUGUAUUAUGUUAUAAUGUGAUGAUAAAAAAAACUGUUAAGAAGAAUAUGUAUUCUGUUACUAUGUAAUAAAGUAAAAACAUGGGUUUCUUCUCUGCCCCAUUUCACAUGGGAAUUAAAAUAAGCUUUGUUAUGCCUGAAAA